CCUGGAUCAGCAGUGACCUGCAACACCACCACCGCCAAUAAGCCAUACAAGUACAACAUCACUCGACCGCAUCUAACACUUCUUUUAACCUAGGCUUUGCAUAUUAAGCCUUUCACAUUACUGAGCGACUUUCAGCUAUCCAUCAUACUGCAAAAACCCGAUUUACGAAGUCCCACUUCAACGCCAGAAUGGUACAAUUUCGUGCCCUUCUGUCUCUGGCAACCUUCGCCUUACCCCUCGUUGCCACCGCAUCAGAUGUGAUCAACUUGAUUCCCUCGAAUUUUGACAGUGUUGUCUUCGAGUCCAACAAGCCUGCCCUCGUCGAGUUCUUCGCUCCUUGGUGUGGACACUGCAAGAACCUCGCCCCCGUCUAUGAAGAGUUGGCUACCGCGUUCGCUGCCAGCGGCAACAAAGUCUCCAUCGCCAAUGUUGAUGCAGACAAGCACAAGGAUCUAGGCAAGAGAUUUGGUGUUCAAGGGUUUCCAACAUUGAAAUGGUUUGACGGCAAGCCGGGCAGUGAGCCGGAGGACUACAAUGGUGGCCGAGAUCUCGAGUCUCUGACCAAGUUCGUCACCGAGAAGAGUGGUGUCAAGAGCAAAGGCCCCAAGAAAGCCCCUAGCCAUGUCGAGAUGUUGACGGACAGCUCGUUUAAGACGGAGGUCGGUGGUGACAAAGACGUCCUCGUGGCAUUUACCGCACCUUGGUGUGGCCACUGCAAGUCCCUCGCUCCAACAUGGGAGAAGGUCGCCUCUGAUUUCGCCUCGGAACCCAACGUCCUCAUUGCCAAAGUCGAUGCAGAAGCCGAGAACAGCAAAGCUACAGCCCAAGAACAAGGAGUCACAGGUUAUCCUACAAUCAAGUUCUUCCCCAAGGGCAGCACUGAACCCGAAGCAUACAGCGGUGGCCGCAGCGAGGAAGCGCUUGUGGACUUUGUGAAUUCCAAGGCCGGCACAUACCGCGUCCCAGGUGGAGGGCUGAACAGCCAAGCGGGCACGAUUGAAGUCAUCGACAACCUGCUGGCCAAGUAUAUCACGGCCGGCGGUAUCAAGGAUGUCGAGAAGGCAACUGCAGAGGUCAAGAAAGCGACUACCAACAUCAAGGACAAGAGCGUGGACUACUAUCUCCGUGCGCUGAGCAAAAUUACCGGUAACCCAGAGUAUGCUAUGAAGGAGCAAACAAGGUUGGCAGGAUUGCUGAAGAAGGGUGGUCUUGCUCCAGAAAAGACCGAUGAUCUUCAGAGACGCAGCAACAUUCUGGCCAAGUUCUUGGUCAAGGACGAGGCAAAGAGCGAAUUGUAAACUAUUCAAGCAUGAUCGGAACGUCACUAACUGGGUUGAAAUGAAACAAUUGGGUACUAGGUCGCAAAAGUCGAGCCUGCUAGAGGAGUUUAAAAUGGCUUAAACAUGAUCCUUUUUUAUA